AUGAACAGCCGGAAGGAAGCGCUGAGGUACCCAGCCCAGGUGAUGGCGAAGGCGCUGGACAUGGCCCACGGGCUGGUGGUGAACAGCGCGCCUGCCCACUCCGCUGCCACCACCGCGCACCACCCGGUUGCCAAGGUGAAGAAAAGAGGCAUAUCGAGUAGCAAUGAAGGGGUAGAGGAGCCUUGCAAGAAACAAGCUGUUGAGAAAAGCAAAGAUUCCAAGGAUGUUGGAAGUGACGGCAAAUCUACAAAGACAGAAGCCUGCAAGGAGAUGGAGAGCAGCUUGCCUAAAAGGCAGAAAAAGGAUGCAGAUGAGAAUUCAGCAAAGGAUUUGGAAAGCUCAAAGCCAGCCUUUACUUUGAACCAAAUACAUGGCACAGCACGAGACGCAGGCACAGAAAUGAAAGCUGCUGGUCAUGAAACCACCACCAAGCAUAAUCCAGCUCCCACCUCUUCAUUGGCAACUGAAUCAAAGGCAAUCUGUAGCUUGAAUCUACAGGAUAGCAAACAAGAAAAUGUGUUGCUGACAGAAAAGAAAAAUAUAUUGGUGAGCGCUCCAGCACUGGUGGCCUCCAAGAGCAGUCCCCAAGCAAAUGCUCCAGCGCCAGUGGCCUCCAAGAGCAGUUCCCAGGCCGGUGCUCCGACACCAGUGGCCUCCAAGAGCAGUCCCCAAGUGGGCGCUUCAGCACCAGUGGCCUCCAAGAGCGGUCCCCAGGCAGGUGCCUUGACGCCGGUGGCCUCCAAGAGCAGUCCCCAGGUGGGCGCCUUGGCGCCGGCGGCCUCCAAGAGUAGUCCCCAGGCAGGUGCUUCAGCAUUGGUGGCCCCCAAGAGCGGUCCCCAAGUGGGUGCUUCAGCUCCAGUGGCCUCUAAGAGUGGCCCCCAGGCAGGCCCUUCAGUGCCGGUGGCCUCCAAGAGUGGUCCCCAGGCGAGCGCUUCAGCGCCAGUGGCCUCCAAGAGCAGUCCCCAGGCAGGUGCUUUGGUCCCAGUGGCCUCCAAGAGCAGUCCCCAGGUGAGCACUCCAGCACUGGUGGCUUCCAAGAGCAGUUCAGGGGCAAAUGUUCCACUGCCAGUGGCCUCCAAGAGUGGUCCCCAGGCGAGCGCUGCUGUGCCGGUGGCCUCCAAGAGUGGUCCGCAGGCGAGCGCUGCUGUGCUGGUGACCUCCAAGAGUAAUUCAGGGGUGAGCACUCCAGUGUCAGUGGUCUCCAAGAGCAGUCCCCAGGCAAGUGCUCCAGCACUGGUGGCUUCCAAGGGCGGUCCCCAGGCGAGCGCGCCGGCGCCUCUGGCUUCCAAGGGCGGUCCCCAGGCGAGCGCGCCGGCGCCUCUGGCUUCCAAGGGCGGUCCCCAGGCGAGCGCGCCGGCGCCUCUGGCUUCCAAGGGCGGUCCCCAGGCGAGCGCGCCGGCGCCUCUGGCUUCCAAGGGCGGUCCCCAGGCGAGCGCGCCGGCACCUGUGGCUUCCAAGGGCAGUUCACACAGUGGAGCGAGCGCGCCAGCUCCGGCACCUCUGGUUUCCAAGGGCAGUCCCCAGGCGAGCGCGCCAGCUCCGGCACCUCUGGUUUCCAAGGGCAGUCCCCAGGUGAGUGUGCCAGCUCCGGCGCCUCUGGUUUCCAAGGGCGGUCCCCAGGCCAGCGUGCCAGCUCCAGCGCCUGUGGCUUCCAGGGGCGGGCCCCCGGCCCACGCGCCCGCCCCCGUCGCUCCCCACGGCGGNNCCCAGGCGAGCGCGCCAGCACCUGUGGCUUCCAAGGGCGGUCCCCAGGCAAGUGCUCCGGCACCUGUGGCUUCCAAGGGCAUUUCACAAAGUGCUCCAGCGCCAUUGGCUUCCAAGAGUGGGUCACAGGCAAGCACACCAAUGCUGUUGGCUUCUAAGACCAGUUCACAGGUGAGCAUUCCAAUGCUGUUGGCUUCCAAGAGCGGGUCACAGGCAAGCGGUUCAUUCUUGGCUUCCAAGAGUGGAUCCCAGGCAAGCGCUUCACUUUUGGCUUCCAAGGCCGGGUCACAAGCAAGCGAAAGUUCUGCUAAAGUACUGCGUAAGCCUUUAACCAGUGAAGAUGCAAAGGAAAGACAACCUUUUUUUAAUAGAUUGUACAAAGCUGUAGCCUGGAAAUUGGUUGCUGUUGGAGGCUUUAGUCCUAAUGUGAAUCAUGCAGAACUCCUGAACUCGUCCAUUCAGUCUGUAAAAGCUACCUUAGAUGUUGCUUUUGUUCCACUGAAGGAACUUGCAGACUUGCCUCAAAAUAAGAGCACUCAGGAAAAUGUAGUUUGCGAACUGAGGUGCAAAUCUGUCUAUUUGGGUACUGGAUGUGGAAAAAGUCAGGAAAAUGCCAAAGCAGUUGCUUCAAGGGAAGCUUUGAAAUUAUUCCUGAAGAAAAAAGUCAUUGUAAAGAUCUGCAAAAGAAAGUACAGAGGAAGAGACAUUGAAGAUUUGGUACUACUUGAUGAAGAAGCAAAACCUUCAAACUUACCUCCAGCUCUAAGAAAUCCUCAGGAGAUUCUGUAGGGCGGUGGGGGGAGGGGGAAAUCACUGUUUAUACCAUGUAUAGUAUUCCAACAUAAGAACUGAAGGUUAAUUUUGUACUCAAAAUGUAGGCUUCCAGAGAUUUUGUAUUUCUUUCUCGGUUAUGCAGAACAGUUAUAUUGUUCCUUUCACUUGGUAGCAAUUGUAAAUAAUUUGUUAGAGAUGAAAAGUGCGCAUUUAAAGAUAUGCCUUAACAUAUAGCACACUAGUGUGCUGUUUUAUUUGCUAAAUAGUCUAAGUCUUCUAUUUUUAAUUAAAUAAGUAAGGUACAAUUUGCUGUUUAUAGUCUGAGAAUUUUGUAAUCUUACAGUUUGGUGGCUGUGUGCUCAGUUGUAUACGACAUCUUUUUUUAGCUGCAUAGGAAUGUGUAUAUAGAGAGACCAUAGCACUUGAAUGGUCAAAAGUUGUUAAAAAUUUCAACUAGAGUUUAAUCAUUUUGUUUGAAAUACAUGUAUGUUGCCCAUAAUGCUCGCUGUCCCUCUUGAAAGGAAAGAAAAUAGUUGUUGGACUAUUUUUAUGAAAAGUUGUAACAUUUUAAAUCUAAUUAUAAAAUGAUAUGCAGAUUCUAUUUAACAUUAUUAUACUAGCAGAUUAUCAGUAAACAAUCACCAAGGUGACUUCAGCUAUGAAAACUCUAAGCAGAUUUAAUUUGAGAUUUUGUGAAAUACCAUUUACACUGUUUUUUCCAAGUAAACAUGGUUUUCUAUAUUACGCAUAUUUUAUGACUGCUACUAAAACAAUCUUCUGAGAUGCCCUCUUCUACUGUUUUGUUUUAGCUGUUAAGCAUUUUGACCAUUUUGAUAAUUGUUGGUAACACUUUUUUAAAAGAAACGUACACUAGCUUCAGUGUGAGGGGUUUCAGGAUAUAAUCCCAGAAGUACUAGUUGCUCAUUCUGUAUAGUUUUAUUGAGGUGAUACAGAUGUAAAACUCAGAAAGCAUUUUCUAAUAAAGGAAUGCACACUAAUCCUA